GCUCCCCGAGGUGCCGGCGGAGGGCGAGCGGCGGCGGCCCCCGAGUGCGCUCCGUGCGCGGCCCCGGGAGCCCGGCGGCCGGUCCCUGAGCCCCCUCCCCUCCUCUCCCCAUCCCCGGACCCCCCUUCCCCUCCCCGGGCCGUUGUUGGGGGCAUGGAGGCGGCGCACAGCCUGCCCGUGCUCGACGUGCUGCGCCGCUUCGGCGUGGCCGAGAGCUGCGGGCUCAGCCCCGAGCAGGUCCGGAGGAGCCGGGAGAAGUACGGCCCUAAUGAGCUCCCUGCAGAAGAAGGAAAGUCCCUCUGGGAGCUGGUGCUGGAGCAGUUCGAAGAUCUCCUGGUUCGCAUCCUCCUGAUGGCCGCUUUCCUCUCCUUCAUCCUGGCCUGGUUUGAAGAAGGAGAGGAGAGCAUGACGGCCUUCGUGGAGCCCAUCGUCAUCAUCAUGAUCCUGAUCGCCAACGCCGUGGUGGGCGUGUGGCAGGAGAGGAACGCCGAGAGCGCCAUCGAGGCCUUGAAGGAGUACGAGCCCGAGAUGGGGAAGGUGAUCCGCGCCGACCGCAGCGGGGUGCAGAGGAUCCGCGCCCGGGACAUCGUCCCUGGGGACAUCGUGGAGGUGGCAGUCGGUGACAAGGUGCCCGCAGACAUCCGCAUCAUCGAAAUCCGCUCCACCACACUGCGGGUCGACCAGUCCAUCCUCACAGGGGAGUCCAUGUCGGUGAUCAAACACGCGGACCCCAUCCCCGACCUGCGCGCUGUCAACCAGGACAAGAAGAACAUGCUGUUCUCUGGCACCAACAUUGCCGCUGGGAAGGCCGUGGGGGUCGUCAUUGCAACAGGGGUGUACACGGAGAUCGGGAAGAUCCGAAACCAGAUGGUGGAGACAGAACCCGAGAAGACCCCCUUGCAGCAGAAGCUGGAUGAGUUCAGCCAGCAGCUCUCCAAAGUGAUUUUCCUGGUGUGCAUCGCCGUCUGGGUCAUCAACAUCAGCCACUUCAGCGACCCCGUCCACGGUGGCUCCUGGUUUCGAGGGGCCAUCUACUACUUCAAGACCUCGGUGGCCCUGGCGGUGGCCGCCAUCCCCGAGGGCCUCCCGGCCGUCAUCACCACGUGCCUGGCGCUGGGCACGCGCCGCAUGGCCAAGAAAAAUGCCAUCGUGCGCAGCCUGCCCUCCGUGGAGACCCUGGGCUGCACCUCCGUCAUCUGCUCCGACAAGACCGGCACCCUCACCACCAACCAGAUGUCCGUCUGCCGGAUGUUCAUUAUGGAGAAGGUGGAGGGCACCCAGUGCAGCCUGCACGAGUUCAGCAUCACCGGCUCCACCUACGCCCCCGAGGGACAGAUCCUGAAGGACGAGCAGCCGGUGCGGUGCGGGCAGUACGACGGGCUGGUGGAGCUGGCCACCAUCUGCGCGCUCUGCAACGACUCCUCGCUGGACUACAACGAGUCAAAAAAAGUCUACGAGAAGGUGGGGGAAGCCACCGAAACAGCCCUGACGUGCCUGGUGGAAAAGAUGAACGUCUUCGACACCGACACCAGCAAACUCUCCAAGGUGGAGCGAGCCAACGCCUGCAAUUCGGUGAUCAAGCAGCUGAUGAGGAAGGAGUGCACCCUGGAGUUCUCCCGCGACCGCAAGUCCAUGUCGGUGUACUGCACGCCCACCAGCCCUGGCCACAACUCUGCCGGCAGCAAGAUGUUCGUCAAGGGCGCCCCGGAGAGCGUGAUCGAGCGCUGCACCCACGUCCGCGUGGGCACGGCCCGGGUCCCGCUGACGGCCCCGGUGCGGGAGAAGAUCCUGAGUCGGAUCCGGGACUGGGGCAUGGGCAUCGACACGCUGCGCUGCCUGGCCCUGGCCACCCACGACUCCCCCGUCCGCAGGGAGACCAUGCAGCUCCACGACUCCGCCGCCUUCGUCCACUACGAGACCAACCUGACCUUCGUGGGCUGCGUGGGGAUGCUGGACCCCCCCCGCAAGGAGGUCACCUCCUCCAUCGAGAUGUGCCGCAAGGCCGGCAUCCGCGUCAUCAUGAUCACCGGCGACAACAAGGGCACGGCGGUGGCCAUCUGCCGCCGCAUCGGCAUCUUCUCAGAGAACGAGGACGUGGCCGGCAAGGCCUACACAGGCCGGGAGUUCGACGAGCUGUCCCCCGAGGCCCAGCGGCAGGCGUGCCGUGACGCCCGCUGCUUCGCCCGCGUGGAGCCAGCGCACAAGUCCCGCAUCGUCGAGUACCUGCAGUCCUUCAACGAGAUCACCGCCAUGACGGGCGACGGCGUCAACGAUGCCCCAGCCCUGAAGAAAGCCGAGAUCGGCAUCGCCAUGGGGUCCGGCACGGCCGUCGCCAAGUCGGCUGCUGAGAUGGUGCUGUCGGACGACAACUUCUCCACCAUCGUGUCGGCCGUGGAGGAGGGCAGGGCCAUCUACAACAACAUGAAGCAGUUCAUCCGCUAUCUCAUCUCCUCCAACGUUGGCGAGGUCGUUUGCAUCUUCCUGACGGCUAUCUUGGGCCUGCCCGAGGCCCUCAUCCCCGUGCAGCUGCUGUGGGUGAACCUGGUGACGGACGGGCUGCCGGCCACCGCGCUGGGCUUCAACCCCCCGGACCUGGACAUCAUGGACAAGCUGCCCCGCAACCCCAAGGAGCCCCUCAUCAGCGGCUGGCUCUUUUUUCGCUACCUGGCCAUCGGAGUGUACGUGGGGCUGGCCACGGUGGGCGCAGCUACCUGGUGGUUCCUGUACGACGCCGAGGGGCCGCAGGUUUCCUUUCAUCAGCUGAGGAACUUCAUGAGGUGCACCGAGGACAACCCCAUCUUUGAAGGAGUUGACUGCGAAAUCUUCGAGUCCCGAUACCCGACCACGAUGGCUCUGUCCGUGCUGGUGACGAUCGAGAUGUGCAACGCUCUGAACAGUGUCUCCGAGAACCAGUCGCUGCUGCGGAUGCCCCCAUGGCUCAACAUCUGGCUGCUGGGGGCCAUCGUCAUGUCCAUGGCUCUGCACUUCUUCAUCCUCUACGUCAAGCCCAUGCCCCUCAUCUUCCAGGUCACCCCCCUGAGCUGGCCGCAGUGGGUGGUGGUGCUGAAAAUCUCCCUGCCUGUUAUCCUGCUCGACGAAGGACUCAAGUACCUGUCCCGCAACCACCUGGACGGCAUUCUCAGGACGGUAAGAAACACGUGGAGCGGGGAGCACCAGUUGAAAACCUGCAGGACUCCAGAGCAAGGGAGAAGAGGACAAGAAGUGAACGACACGAAGGAGGCACUCCUAGCUAAAGGACCCCUAACUUGUAACUCGGACUGAAGUCUUGCAUGCGUGACCAUCGCUAGAAGCCAGCAGGACAUGCAUGUGUCCGACUACCAGACAAAAGCGGGUGAAUCGUCGAAAAGAAAAAUACCGAUUUUUUGUUUUGUUUUGUUUUGUUUCGUAGCUUUCUUUUUCCUGUACAUAACAGUGCAAUUACUGGACAUCUGGCGUAGGGUUUGGGGAUGGAGCUGUACACGGGCCACAGGGUCAUCGCAACGCUCUUCCUUGGGGAUUUCUUCCUGCAGAAUUGGAGACCCCCUUUUUUCAAAUCUUUGCCCUGGUGGAGCGAGCUUGGUCAAGGUGUCCUUCACGGGGGGUCGCCAGGGUGCCGUGGGGUCCGGCUGGAGGGACGGGUGGGGGGGCACACGGUGGUGGCCUGAAGGUAGCCGCGAGGCCAGGUGCCGGUGGCCUUGAGGCUACUCACAGCCACGUGUUCGGUGGAGGCUGGAGGGCUCCCUGGUGUGAUCCCCGUGCCGUGCAAAGCCCUGCUCCUUCUCAGGUUCAUCCCACACCAAAGCGAGGUGGUGGCUUGCCCGUCCUCUGCCCGAUGCCCCCUGAGGUCCCUCCUGUAGUGGCUAAAUCACAGCCAGGCUCGCGCAAAGGUGCCCGCUCCAGGCACAGGGGAUGAGCCCCGUGGCCUUCCUCAUAUCUGCCCCUCGCUCCUUCACUCGGUUGAUUUUCAGCUAUUUUCCUGGCAGGAGUAGUGUGUAGAGUGUAAGAUCUUCGGGGGACAGCACAGCCCUGACAGCAGUGAGCUGCCCCCAAGCCAGCAGUGCCCCCAAGCACCCCCAAGGCCCCCCAUGGUCCUCCUCCGGGAGCGGUGUUCUCGUGGCAUCCCUUUUGUAGGGCACCAGCAGCAGAGUUUCCUGGGAUUUUGCUGCUGGGAUUUUGCUGCUGGGGGCCAGGAGGGCACCCAGGGGGGAAGCCACUGGGGGUGGUUUCUUCUCCAGCCCCCGAGGGCUCCCUCCUGCCGUCCUCACUUCUCCCCACGACCCCUCCUGACGGUGUCGGGCCAGCCGGCCUCCUGCCUGAGCUUCCUCUUAAAUCCCAGCUUGGAGGAUGCGGCAGCACUAGAGCCAGGUUUCGGGAUAGCAUUUUGCUCUUUGCUCUUGGGGUUUUUAUUUUACUUUUUUUUUUUUUUUGCCUCUUAAAAGCUUCCAGCGCUUUUCUUGUUCCUCUUUCACGUGGGCAAGAGUGCAUCGUUCUCUGGACAGUACGUGCCAAAAGUCAUCCUUCCUUUCUUUUCUCCAUCACCAGCAUUGACGAAGAUGAGCAGAGCCCCCAGACCAAUGGGAAUGUACAGAAUUGUUAUACUACUGAGCUGAUCUACUUGUACAGAAAACCUUGCAUGAAAUGUUGUUACUGUAUUUAAUAUAUAAUGUAUUCAAGAAAUUUUAAUAUGGAGCUCUUUAAAAAAGGUCUUUAUAGUUACUCUGUGGUUAGAAGAAGGUUGUUGCUGAUUUUUUAAAAAUAUUAUUAUACUUUGUCUUGAAGAAGUUUUAUUUUUCAAACAUA